AUGGCUUUAUCUUAUAACGAGUAUUCAAGUAAAUCUUCAGAAACCAAAAUCCGACUGCUUACAAAAGAGAGCCUAGAAUUCAGCGCAGACCUACAAAAUUUCAUCCAAGAUCUCAACGCUUCUACUGGCCAAGAAAAUGCUAUCCAAAUUUAUGAAGUUUUUCAAGAUCUGCAAAAAUCAUGGGAAGAUUUCACCCAGGAUUUAGCUAAAUCAACAAAAUUUCACAGCCAGCAGAAAAAACUAGCUUUAAAAAAAAUUAAAGAUAGCGCCAUAGAAGAAAAAAGAAUUUUGAAAUUCAAGCAACAAAUCGAUACGAAGGAAAACGAAUAUACACAAUUAAAAAAAAUAAUUUAAUAAUAAUUGAAGAUUAAUUUAUUUUUUAUAAAAAAUAAGCCUAUAUUAAUAAUAAAAAAAUUAAAUUACUAUUUAAAUGGUAUAUCUGAACAAAGAAAAAGAAUUAAAAAAUUUUUUAGCUCAGGUGAAAAAUAUAUGGAAUAAUGAUCUCAAAGAGCUUGAAAAGAAUUUUAAUUCACAAAAAACUAAAAAGAACGAAAUCAAACAAGAAUUUAAUAAGAAGCUAAAAAUUCUUGAAAAAGAAUUUCUCAGCACAAUAGUUCCUGAAGAAAAGCAAAUCCCGAAUUUAAAUCUGAAAAAUCUUAAGCCAGCCCGAUCACCUGCAAAGCUUUCAAUAAGAUCAGCGUCGUCCAAUAAAUAUGAAGAAGAUUUGAUUUCUAACCGUAGUGCUUUUUCUCAUAGAUCGUCCUCGUCUAAGCCUCGACCACAAAUAAAACAGCUAAAUCUCUUACCUCCAAUUCCUCCAUCUCAAAAUGUAUCAGAAGAAAUGAUUUCAAAAGGUUUAUUCUCUAUUUAAUUAUCUUGACCGUUAUUAUGGAUUACUUAUUUCUACAAUUUUUCUAGAAUAAAAGCAAAUUUUUUAAAAUAUUGCUUUAAAAUUAAUCUAAUUUAUAAUAGAAACUUUAAUUGAAGAAUAUUCUCAGCAGCAAGAAGGGAAUAGUCAUGUAGGAAUAUCUAUGGAAAAAUCAAUGGGAAGCUGAAAAUCAGAAUAUGACAGCGAAGACAGCAUUUGUGUCCAAAUUUCUCCUGAUGAAAUAAAGCAAGCUAUUUCAAUAUUAGAUUAGAUUAGAUUAGAUUAUGCUGUGUAUUUAUAGUCCCUACUUCCAUGCGUGGCAUUCCUCCGCGCUCCUUGAGGAGCCGUGCUGGCACGAGCGAAAAGGAUGGACUUCCAUCACUGGUUCUCUGAGCCCGGGCCGAAACCCCCGGUUUCUCGGUAGUGGGUUGCCCUAAUGAGUCGUCAGCCGACUGUUGCUGGGCACCACCAUUUCCAACUCAGCCUUCCGCCCCGAGUUACGCCAGUCUUUGCCUCCGGUUGGCCAGAUCGCCCUCAUGAGAGGACCCUUUUAACUGGAGAGACUUGCGCCCUUGAGUUCUAGUCUAGCUUCGCCUCCCCUCUUUCCCGGAUCAUCUCCAAGAAAGAACUCAACCCCUUGCGGGAUUCGGGGCUAAGCCACCAAGUAGCCUAGGCAGGUAACUCACCCUGCCUCUUUCGGACACCGAGUCUGGGCCUCGCGCUACUGGCAAAAAGAAUGCGAAAAACUGCUGCCCGGGUCAAGUCCCAAAAUCAGCGGAAAUUGGGCUGGGCCUCUCGCCUCGAGGCUAACUCUUCCCUUGAGUAGCUCUCCGCAUCCAAAAACCACGUCCGGUAUACAUAAGGACACCGCCACGAAGGGACGGGUCGCUCGUCUCCGGCCAUUUUAUGUAUAUAUCCUAUUUCAAUAUUAAAAAAAGCAAAUUUAUUCAAUGCAAAUUUGAAUCCGAUGCUGAUGAAACUGGCUGAAAUGAUAAGGGAUAAUGAUACAGAAAAAAUUGAGCUUAUGUAUCAGUUAAUAUACUUUCUGCUAUCAAUUUUAAAUUUUUUAUAAAAAAAAUCCUUAUUAUUCUAUUUAUUAAAAAUAGCAUAUAUAUUGAAAGCAAAAAAUAUAAAGGAAGCAGCCAAAAAGCCAAAGAACCUAAAAGCUCAAGAGGAAAACCUCCAGCCCGUAUCUCAAACUGAAGAAAAAGAAUGCAUAUCCACAAUGAAAGUGACACAAAUGAUGAAAUGACAGGGACAGCUCCAAAAAAUAUUGCGGUCUUGCCAGCAGACCAAGAGCUGCUACACACAAUUUUAUCAUCAGAAAAUCCUUUAAGCGCAAGAGCUAGAGAAGAAAUGCUAGCUGAAAGCAUAGGAAAAGGACAAGAAGAAUGGAAAAAUUCAAGGCAUGUGAAAUUAGAAGAUUUAAUCAACGCAGGGAGUGCUACGCAAGAGGUGGAAAUGAUGUUUAAAGGGAACGAAACACCAAAAAUUGAUACAGACUCGAAAAAGCAUCAGGUAUUCUAAUAAAAAUGAAUAUUUUGUAGAAAAUUAUAAUGAAAACUAAAUAGAUAAUUCUUCUUUAAUUAGUAUAAAUUUAAAUUUUCCUAGUAAACUUGACUCCCAAGAGUAUAAACAGAAUACAGUUGAUAUAGAAAACCAAGGAGAGUUUAUAACUGAGUUUUCUCCUAGCGGGAUGGCAUCUCCGGCGUCUGGGAUGAAAAUUCAGUCCACCUCUAAAAAACACACAAGCUCUGAAUACCAAUCGACUGGAAUUGCAAGCACGAAAGACGCAAGUGGACUCAAAUCAAAAAUUAUGCCAAAUUUCAUUGAAUAUCCUAAUAAAGACUUUUCUAAUUUUUAUUAAAAUAUUAAUAGCAAAAUUAGCCUUCAGCCGCAGUUAUGCAUAAAAAUAUACAUUAAAAACAGCAAUAAGCGACUCCUCUCAACAGUUAUUUGUAGCUGACUCCAAAGGUAUUACAACUAACAUUUAA